ACUUUCUCUUGAACAAAAGUCUCCAACGCUUUUAAUUAAUUACAUAAGAUGAGAGACAGAUGAUAUGGUAGUUGCCUCAUGGCUGGUUGGUAGUUGACUAGUUGAUCAGUUAAGUUAUUCAGCUUUUGCAUGCUCCCUGUGUUGUACUUGGGAUAAACUUUUCAUGCCAUAGCACCCCAUCUCUCUAUUUCCUUCUCUGCCUCUCUCUCUGCACACUAGCACUGGAACAAUGUCUGAGAAAAUCACAGCUGAGAACCUUAUUGAAAGCCUUGUGGACACAUUCGUUGACAAGCAAAAAUCUGUACCAUUCUUUGGGGGUGAAAAGUCAGACUCAGUGAGUUCAGAGAUCAAUAGACUGUUUGGACGCCAGAAACCCGUGCACCAUAUUUUAGGGGGUGGAAAAUCUGCUGAUGUCUUGUUAUGGAGGAACAAGAAGAUUUCUGCAAGUGUUUUAACUGGUGCAACAGUUGUAUGGGUGCUCUUUGAAUGGCUUAAUUAUAAUUUCCUUACUAUUUUAGGCUUUGUUUUGGUUCUUGUCAUGCUUGCCCAGUUUCUAUGGUCAAAUGCUUCUGGCAUGUUUAACAGCACACCAUCUAAUGUACCCCGCCUUGUUCUCCCAGAAGAACUCUUUGUGAAUAUUGCAACUGUAGUUGGUGGUGAAGUUAACAAGGGCUUGAGGUUUCUUCAAGAUGUUGCUUGUGGAGGAAACUUGAAGCAGUUUCUUAUUGUGGUAGGAAGUUUGUUUGCUGGUGCUGUGGUUGGAAGCUGGUGCAAUUUUAUAACUGUCAUCUAUAUUGGUUUUGUUGCUGCACAUACACUUCCAGUUCUCUAUGAAAAGUAUGAGGAUGAAGUUGACAACUUUGUCUACAAGGUCCUAGAUCAGAUGCAAAAUCACUAUAGAAAUCUGGAUGCUAGUGUGCUCAGCAAAAUUUCCAAGGGAAAGCUCAAAGGAAAGAAACAUGAAUAGGUUUAUCAAUAUGGCUUAUGUUAAUUAAUUUGACAUUAAAUGGCCAUCUGAUCACAUGAUGGCAUAAGGGGGGAACAACAUAUUUCUUCAAUAUGAAUUAUACAAAUACUGAGUGGAAUAAAUAAAAUUGCAUUUAUGUUUGUCGUUUCUAAUGUUCUUUUA